CCUAGUAGCCAGGAAGCCGAUAGGUGACUGACCAUCCUGACCAGAGAGAAACCGAUUCGGUAGUUGCGCGAUGGCAGCUACCAGCUUACCCCUGGCCGCCGUCCUCUUCCUCCUCCUCGCCGCAUCCGCCGGGCCGGCCACUGCCAGCGGCCAGCACAGCGGUGCCAGGAUGGUCAUCAUCCGCCGCGGCGCCGGGCUAAGGGCCGGUGGCGGCAGCGUCGCGGCCGGUGCUCGUGCUAACGACAAGCGGCGCUACGACCAGCUCCUGGAGGACGAGGUGGCACCGGAGCCGGAGUUGCGCGGCCUGAUGAGGCUGGGGGCGGGCGACGGCGGCGGCAGCAUCGGUUACGGUGCCCUCAAGAAGGACAGGCCGGGAUGCCAGAGCGGCAACCAGUGCGCCGCCCAGGGAGGAGGGUCCUACACCCGGGGUUGCACGUACAAGGACCACUGCCCCCACUGACGACCGCCCGGCCGGCGUCGCCGCCGUCGGCCCAUCCGGCCUGGAGGUGAUGUGUUACGAAUAAACGAAGUGUUCAGUCUCCUGCACGUACAUGGAUGUUAUGCGUUUGGUUGUACUCUCUCCGUUCCCUCGGCGAUCCGGUGUGUUAUGCGUUUGGUUGUACUCUCUCCGUUCCAAAUUACAGUCUCUCCGUUCCAAAUUACAUGUCGUUUUAGCUUUUAGAUGCAUCUAGAUAUAGCGUAUGUCUAAGUGCAUAAUAAUAUUUAUGAAUCUAGAAAAGUCAAAAUAACCUACAAUUUGGAAUGGAUGGAAUAUGUAUUAUUUAAUUUUUGUAUG